CGGAUUGUGAUUUAUUUGGCAGCCUGCCUCUCUGUGUCUAUCGUUUUAAACCAAACAGCAAACACUAUUAUGGCUUUUUUCGGUUUGACCAACCUUGGUUAUCAAUACCCAAUAGGAGAUAAAAUGAUUGUUAAUCCGAGAGGAACGCUUUAUUCUCAGGAUGUUGGGAUUAACAGCCAAGAAGCUCUGUGUCCAUCUCUUCAAGAAAAACGGGGAUCACUUACAUGUACAGAAACAUGCCAAUUGAACCACCAGCCUGCACGCAGCAGCACUGACAUUCACCAUGGAAGCCAUGAGCGAUAUAAGGAGAUGGUCAAACGGGUUCAAACACCUAGAGCCCCCAACCAGCUGUACAUAACGCCUCUAACAGAUAGCCAACAGUAUGGAUGGAUGUCAUCAAAAUGUCCCGAGCCAUGGACCCAAGUCAGGCGGUUUCCUCGAAAGAACAGUGAGAUGACAAAGUUUGUGGAAGAAAUGUCAUUGGCAGACCGGGAAUUCAGCCUGUUCUGAUAGUGCACUACAUUUCCCUUUUUCAAACACAUAAAAGUCACGUUGACAAAUUUGAAGGACUAUUUUAUGUGACUUUCUGAGAUUACAUUUAAGCAGGCCCAUCUUGGGGGGAGAAUUGUCGAGAGCUCUGACUGCCUUUACAGAACUUCACUUCUUUAUUUUAAAAACUUAGUUACAAAGAAGUCUGACUGUAUUAAUCUAUGAAACUCUUCAGGUUAGCAUUAUCAAUACCUUUCAGAAUUCUUUAAGCAAAUGGUCCUCAUAAAUAGUGUUAUGAAGAGCUUAUAUUGCUACCAAAGUUUGAUUUUGAAAUGGGGAAAUAUCAAGUGUUUUAUCUACUACACCAGCCUGUGAUACACAGGGUCAAAAUUCUCGAAAACAACUUUGGGAUGAGUGGCAGAUUACUGUAUAACUGUAAUGAUAGCUGCCACCCAGCAGGGGCCGACAUAGGCCUCAUCUAAAUCCAUGUAUUCCCCACCGAAUUAAUCAGUAGGGUGCCUUCUAGUUUAAGUGUUGGGUUAGUGGAAAGUUGAUUGUGGGUGAUUCUCUUAGGUUUCCCAGUUACUAUGUCUAUGUUUUGCUUAAUGUUUUAUCAUCCCAGCUCAUUAAUUCUUGAUGUUUUUUUAGUUUGUUUACCGUUAACCAGAACUCCUAUUCUUUUAGGACAUUAAUGUCGCACUGGACCAUUUCCCUUACUACACAUACAGUCCAUGCAAGAUAAGUGGCCUCUUAGUUCUGUCAUGACCAAUAUAGCUGAUUUAAAGUAAGACAGCUGUAAUCUUAAGGGACUUAUCCAUGUUAUUAAAAAAAUAAAACAUUUAAACAUAUCUAAAAUCAUCCAAAGUUGACAUGGCCGUUCACCAGGAAACCAAUCUAAACAAAAGUGAAUCUUGAAAAAUGAACAUGCUCUUGGGUGGAGAAAGUAUUUUCCAGUUCUAUUAUUUAUCCCAACUUCUCUUGAACUUAGAGAGUAAUAAAAUAAUACGAGGCAGCGACAAUCAAAUCCUUGACGAGGAUACCAAGAUAUAGCACAGAGAGCAGAUCAACUGCUGCUAUUAGACAGUUAACUUCUGAUAUGGGUUUAGAGGAAACUGGUGUAUCCAGAUGGAAGAAAGUACUUAUUUCCCUCCCCUCAUAUUGUUUACACCAGGGCUGGCUAGUUUUUAAAUUUCUUAGUCAUUAUUGGAUCACUGUAUUAGCUCUAAUAUAGGUAACAUAGUCAUUUCAGAUCAUGGACCAGG